UCCAUCUUCACUCGCAUACUCAUCAUAUAACCAAGAACUAAUUACAAUUGGAGUAACCAUGAGAGAUUGGUCACAAUAAAUUCGUAAUAGGUGUCCCAGUAGUUGGUGGAUUGAAUUAAUAAAUGGGUGAAUGAGGUGUGGAUGAAGUGUGAUAAUUACCGAUGAAAUUGGGGUAAAAAGGAAGAGCUAGGAGCGAGUGCAUCUUGAAGAGGAACUCAGAGGGACAGAACCAGGCAGAACAGAGUUGAACAUUGACAAGUGUCGAUGUGGGCGUCAUGCACAGUUCUCUCAACAGCGAUAAUGAAUUGUGAUGUCGAGUACAGUUAAUAUGGCGAAUCACACGAUUUUUCGAGGCAUCAGAUUUGUGUGAAUGCGGUUGAUAAAUCCAGGGAGAAUUAUCCAGUCGCUGUGCUAAACGUGAAGAGGACCAGUGUUUCUCGUAUUACGCCCUCAGGAGCUCAUUAUCUCGAUUAAUCUUAUUGUUUAAGCUUUUUCACUGGAAUUCCUGGUGACUGGAGUAAUCAGGAACAUGGCUAGGGAAUAUGAUCAUCUGUUCAAGCUGCUCAUCAUCGGGGACAGUGGUGUUGGAAAAAGCUCUCUCCUCUUGAGAUUCGCAGACAAUACUUUCAAUGGAAGCUAUAUAACAACCAUAGGAGUUGAUUUUAAAAUACGAACAGUUGAAGUUGAUGGUGAGCGUGUAAAACUCCAAAUUUGGGACACAGCUGGCCAGGAACGAUUUCGUACGAUAACAUCAACGUACUAUCGUGGUACCCAUGGUGUUAUUGUUGUGUACGAUGUAACGAGUGGUGAUUCAUUUGCCAAUGUCAAACGAUGGCUUCACGAAAUCGAGCACAAUUGCGAUAUUGUUAAUAGGGUUUUAGUUGGUAAUAAAAAUGACGCACCAAAUCAUAAAGUUGUACUGACUGAGGAUGCACAACGUUUUGCUAAUCAAAUGGGAAUACAAUUGUUUGAGACGUCAGCGAAGGACAACAUCAAUGUCGAAGAGAUGUUCAUGGCAAUAACCCGUCAAGUCCUCCGCACGAAGGAAGAACGAAAAGAGCGCCAGGCAAUUCAAACAAACGAGACAGUAAAUUUGCGGAAAAGUACGAAGCAGCAUAGAAAAAAGUGUUGUUAGCAUUUUCCCCAACCUCUGCUCUCCGAUAUUCCAACAGAUGAGAACAAACAAAAGUGUUUGAAUAAUUCAAUGUCAGGACAUCCAAUGUUAAUAUAAAAGAAAAUCCUCAGCCAAGUAAGUGAGACGAUAAUGAACUUGAAACCUCCGUUCAAGACCUCAUCGCCCUCCCCUGGGGGGGCAAUAAUUUGAUAUUGAAAAAAUGAGGAAACUAUUAUACGAAUUAACAUGGCACAACUCUUGGCGCCUACAAGUUGCCCUUUUUCAAUGCCGAGCUGUUUCACAUGGGUCACGUGAUUCUCAGUGAAUGAAUGCUAAAGAACAUGCAACCCCAUAAGUGAAUUAUUCAACGAAAUCUGUAAUUGUCGAGCUAAACAAAAAGUCGUAUUAUACACCUAGGCGUAAUUUAACAAAUAAAACAUUCAGUUGCUAUUUGUAAAGUGUUAUGAACAAUUGUUUUUUCAUAAAUCAAAUGAUUUAAUACGAAUUUAGAAUUUCAGCACAAACACGAAUUUCGUAUGACUUUUUUUUUACUAUCUAUUGAUUGAGAAAAUAAUAAACUUCAUUGUAAAUAUGUACAUCAAUUAUGAGCAUUUUACAAAUAGUUUUCAUGCCACUGUGGUCGGCCUAAGUUCAUAGAAAAUGUCAAAGUUCAUUUCAGUGGAGAGUUAGUGAAUGGUAGCAAGUCGAUUUAAUUAGUAAGCUAAUAAAUUUUCCAGGAAUGUCUCUAAAUCUAGAGACUAGCUGAAAUUUUGGUAGAGACCCUUUUUGUGACUCAUUCCAAGCUACCACAGCGGUUCUAGUAAAAAUUACAUUAUCACUUGUAGAAUCGGAGAUAUUCCUGAAUAACUCGACUAGGAAAGAAACCGACCUGUUACUCUUUACUCGUCGCUUCUGAUUUGUACAAUUUUGUACAAGGAAAAUUACAGAAAUACAGAAAUCAGUCGUAGCGAAGACUGCGUGACAAUAUGUGAUAAACGUAAA